UGUUUUGGCCAUUCUUGCCAAACGAAUCAGGGAAGACAGAGAGGAAAGCAGAAACUGGGUGUCUCUUCUUCUCUUGGUGUUAACUUAUCCCUUCGUUUGGGCAAAAUAAAAAGGAAUGCAGCUUCAUAUCUCGCCGAGUUUGCGACACGUGACCGUGCUUCCGGGCAAAGGAGUGCGAGAGUUCAUCAAUGUCAAGGUCGGGUCGAGGCGGGUCUCAUACCGCAUGCUGUUUUAUAUGCUGUUGCUCUUCACAUUUCUUCUGCGAGUCAUCUUUGUAAUGACGGCGGUGGACGGCAUCGACGGGGAAAAGAAGUGCUCCACUAUAGGUUGCCUUGGGAAGAAACUAGGACCCAAAAUUUUGCAUCGAAGGCUCGAACCAGCAGUUCCAGAAGUAAUAUACCAGAUCUUAGACACACCCGUUUCAGAAGAUGAACUUAGAGGAAAAUCCAAAAUUCCCCAAACCUUGGAAGACUUUGUCGCUGAGAUGAAGGAAAGCAGAUCAGAUGCCAAAGCCUUUGCUCUCCGGCUUCGAGAAAUGGUCUCUCUACUUGAGCAAAGGACUCGAACAGCUAAAAUCCAAGAAUAUCUAUAUCGGCAUGUUGCAUCUAGCAGCAUACCAAAACAGCUUUACUGUCUGACCUUAAAACUUGCCAAUGAACACUCCACGAAUGCUGCCGCCAGAUUGCAGCUUCCAUCAGCUGAGUUUGUCCCAGCUCUCGUGGACAACUCUUAUUUCCACUUUGUCCUAGCUUCAGACAAUGUUUUAGCCGCUUCUGUGGUCGCAGCAUCGCUUGUCCACAAUUCACUCCAUCCUGAAAGGGUAGUCCUCCACAUAAUAACAGAUAAGAAGACUUAUUCUCCAAUGCAGGCGUGGUUUUCCUUGCACCAUCUAUCACCCGCCAUAAUCGAGGUCAAGGCACUCCACCACUUUGACUGGUUUGCCAAGGGAAAAGUGCCUGUGUUGGAAGCAAUGGAGAAAGAUCAGCGUGUUAGGUCACAGUUCAGAGGAGGGUCAUCAGCCAUUACAGCUAGUAACAGUGAGAAGCCUUAUGUGGUUGCAGCAAAGCUUCAGGCACUGAGUCCUAAAUACAAUUCCAUGAUGAAUCACAUAAGAAUACAUCUACCUGAGCUGUUUCCAAGUCUAAAUAAGGUAGUUUUCCUGGACGAUGACAUUGUUAUUCAAACCGAUCUUUCCCCCCUUUGGGAUAUCGAUAUGAAUGGGAAGGUCAACGGAGCUGUUCAAACAUGUAAAGGGGAGGAUAAGUUCGUGAUGUCAAAGCGAUUAAAGAGCUACUUGAACUUCUCCCAUCCUCUCAUAAGGAAGCAUUUUGAUCCUAACGAAUGUGCAUGGGCUUAUGGCAUGAACAUUUUUGAUCUAGAGGCUUGGAGAAAGAGUAAUAUAAGUCUUACUUACUAUCACUGGCUUGAAGAGAACUUGAAAUCCGAUCUAAGCUUGUGGCAGCUAGGAACAUUACCUCCUGGGCUAAUAGCAUUCCACGGUCAUGUUCGCAUAAUUGAUCCCUUUUGGCACAUGUUGGGGCUUGGAUACCAGGAAAACACAAGUUUUGCAGAAGCAGAGAAUGCGGGCGUCAUCCAUUUCAAUGGCAGAGCAAAACCCUGGCUAGACAUAGCCUUUCCGAAACUUCGGCCACUGUGGGCCAAGUACGUCGAUUUUUCUGAAAAGUUAAUCAAGGGCUGUCAUAUUAGAGCUUCUUAGAAUGCAGAUGGAGGGAAGCUGCCUCACCAUGUGGAACAUAAGAGCUAUUGUAUCUGUACAUGACAAGAGAAACAAAAGGGAAAGUCCGCAAAUUUAGCGACCACAACUGAGGGUGCAUAUGAAAGAACAGCUUCAGCAUCUUGCAAGUUUUGGAAUCUCUCUUGUGCCUUGUAAUUUACUCUGUUCUCUCUCUUACUGGUUUCAAUUGAAAGAUGUCUUCGAAUAAGAUCCCCCUCCAGGCAUAGUCUUCAAA